CGACGUGUGAUUCAGCAUUGUGAAAAGUGUAGCCAUAAAAGUGCUUGUGAGUUUAGCUUAAUUUCUUGUUGGUUUGUUGUAAAUAGUUGCAUAUUUCGCAAAAAAUGGGACUGUGUUCGUCUUGCUUCAAAGGAUCUAGUGAAGAAUUGAUAACGCCGGAUCCGGGCAUUAGACGGCAACAGCAGCUGGAAGCUGCCGAGCGGCGUAGGGAGCAAAACGAAACAAGAGGCAUCAAGGAUCCUGAAAAAGUGCGCCGGAUGCAGCAGAAAGCAGAGGAAACCGCAAGAAGGGAAGAAGAAGCCGCACGGAUGGGCGGUGGUCAACCAGGACUAAGGUGGCAACAAGAUUGAAGGAUUCACCUGGAAACCCUUGGAAAAACCUUUGAAAACAUAUAUGCUUGUGAUCUUUGUUAUGAUAGAACAACUGUCUAUUUGUAAAUUGUGGAAUGUUUCCAAAAAUAUCACGUUGAGCUAGGUUUCGCGUCGUGCUUGAUAAAAAAAAUAAAAUUCGCAUAUGUUGGAUUGGAAACAACAGAUGAAUUUACCGUGUAGCCAUGAAGCCUUUUUAG